AUGGGUUCGCCGGUUUCGGGAUUCAUCGCCGAGGCGGUCCUGCAACGGUUAGAGUCGCUGGUCUUCCAACACCACAGACCUAAGUUCUGGGCCCGGUGUGUGGAUGAUACCUUCGUCGUCAUCGAACAGGAUCAGGUGCUGACAUUCAAAGAACAUCUCAACGCCGUCUUCCCGGACAUUCAAUUUACGAUGGAGGAGGAAGAGAACAACCAGCUGGCCUUCCUGGAUGUCCUUGUAUGCCGCAAACAUUGUGGUCGACUAAAGACCAGUGUUCAGGAAAGCGACAAAUACGAUGCAAGUACUGAACUUCAACAGCAAACACCCAAUCAGCCACAAACGCAGUUGUGUAAGGACGCUCUAUCGGCGUGUCGAAACGCACUGCAGUGAGCCGGAAGACUAGAUUGCCGAAAUACAAUACCUCCAACGGGUAUUCAAAGCCAAUGACUACCCGCGCAACUUUGUCGACCGGUGCAUACGCAAAAGGGACGAAAGGCCUAACAGCAUGGAUACCAAAUCUUGGCGGGCGCUUCCGUAUGUCAAAAACGUUUCGGAAGCUGUCGGCCACCUUCUCGCACCACUUGGAGUUGGAGUUGCACACAGACCGGAGGCGACCAUCAGGCGUCUGGUAAUAAAACCGAAAGACCCGCUGCCACGGCUAGAAACGUCUGGAGUCUUUAUCGGAUCUGGUGCGGUUGCGGACAAAGCAAUUACGUCGGAGAAACCGGAAGACAGCUCCGAACGAGAAUGGCCGGACACACUGCAGCGGUACGAAGAAAUGACGCCAGCUCUCAAGUUGCGGUUCAUUCGACGAGACCGAAAUUCUCGCAAGAGGUGACAACCGCGUGAGCCGGGAGCUACUUAGAUCAUGGUUUACUGGCCCCCAGUCAAUUAAUAAGUGCAAUGAACUUCCCAUUCCAAACUCGGUGCCGAGACUUCGCCUAGGCGGGGUAAUUGGCCACGCGGGGAGCGCACAGGUGAACACUUUUCCCAACACCAGUGUCAGCGCGUCAGAUGGUCGAGCAAUCAUCACACCAACAUCCAACGCACGUGAUGAAAUUGCAGCAAUCAACGACGCGAAUGUCGGCCAUCACACCACGUGCAACGAUCUCUGAUGAAGGGGGGAGCCGUGAAUGAUCAUAGGUACGCGGUAGCAUGGCGACUGCAUCCUAUAAAUACUGCAGCCGCAUGCGCAUGAACCACGCUUAUCUGCUUAUGUCUCUGAUGAUGGAUUCGAGCAGAAAUCCGAAGCGUCAGGCUAAUAAAGCUCUUGUCCCAGCGAUCGUGUCUCCUUCUUCAAAAAUCGAGACUUUAUUUGACCCUCACCGCCUUAACAAUAACAACACCACAAUCCUUCCGGAUCACAGUGGAACACACGUGCUAGUAGACAAAAAUUGACACCUAGAAGAGCCUACUCUGUACAGAGUCGCAACAGAAAGGAUACUUUGGCCGCCAAAAAUGUUAAACAAAAAUCGAAAGCCCCGAUUUUGUUUACGCCUGGAAUUAUUACCCAAAAUGACUCAAUGUGACAAGAAACCGUACAAUAUAAAACUUUUCGACGACAAAGAUGCGAUAGGAUGUGGCAGAAGGCUACCUUUUACAAAAUCUCAUUUAUAUUAUUUGCCCAGGGUACAGGUAAAGACGCUGCUUAUGUUUUAUUGAAAGAACAGGCUCACCGGCGGCUCUUAAAGAAGCGUAAGGUUGUGAUAGUCCAUAUUCUGAAGAAUAAGAACAAAUAUGGCGGAUCACGGCAGUCUACUUUUGAUCACUGAAAAGUAAAGAUAACUUAGAUCGUUGCUGCUCAAACUUUAAUGUGACAAUUUGCUGUGCGUUCUUGCGCUUCUCGCUUACCCAGGACAAGAUUUUUCUUAGCAAAUCCAUACCCAAAUGCCCUUACCAGUAGAUAACAGCUGCCGGUAACUCCCGCAGGGAAUUAAAGAAGGAAGCAUUGAAAAUUUAACUCCGAUUCCACCCUUAUUCUGAAGCAUUUGAAUUGCCCUAAGAGGGCCGGCCCAGAGUUGCUGAUGAAGGGGGAAAUUCGGGUCAUUGCAGGCGCUUCACGAUCUGACAGUUUUAUAUAAGACGCGCAGCUUUUCCCAAGAUAAGCGUUGAUAUUUGCUUGUUAAGGCAAAAUUCUGCAGAGGUUACCUGAUUCCCACUGUGAUCUAUCCCCCAUCCGUUGAGACGACUGGUUGUCCAUGUAAGGCAAAACACCAUUUUACACUACAAACUGUGGCGACAUCCAGGCCCGCUUGGGGUAAAGGCGUAUGACGUAUGGGCGUGGAAAUAGAUAGGUGCUCGGUUGUGAGUGAAAAUUCAGGAGUACCAGGCUGCCAUAAUCAACAUUAAAGAUAAAUAAAGCCGGUCCCCAUACAGACAUACGUAGGGGGUUAAUAAUGUUAGACUGACAUUUAUUGUAGUAUAAUUAGAUGCGACAGAUCUUCUGGUAGAUGAGGCUCACGAUAUUUCCAUCCAUGCAAUGGAAGUCCCAUAAUUCUGUCGUGCAACACAGCGAAGGUUUUUUUACUUGCGAGGGACCGAGCAGCAAUUUGCCUGAAAUCAUUAUAUUUGUACUUUUGUACUUGGUACGGCUGCGAUCAUGCCUGAUCUAACCGGCCUCGAUGAUGCCACAAACUGUACCUCUUCACGCGUGACCAUCCGCGGCAGCAGAUCUGGACAGAUCAACCCAUUCUCUUCGUGAACGACGGAGACCGAAUACCGAAGGUCCAAGAACCACCUUUAUGUCUUGACAAACUGUAUCGAGCCAGGUUUCGAGUUGACCCCCUCCUCGACGCCUCCAAUGGGGUAACGGUGCCGGAUCGAGGGCAGUAACACUGAACUCCUGAGGUAGACGACGAAGAACACGUCCAAAACCCCUCAGUUGCCUUUCUUAGAUGGCCUGGGUUAUUCUUGCGAUGUUGUCGCAGCGAGCGCGGACUGUCUCAUUUGGGACGACGUCGGUGUACUUUACUUGAAGGAUCGUCCUCAACCAGUGGUGGUCAAAUACCUCCAGUUUUCGCCCGUCCUCCAUGCGCUCAGCCCAGCAUUCCCAACCAUAAAGAAGGACAGGCUGGACAGACGCACGGCACACGCGAAUCUUAGUGGCGAUUGAAAGGUCGCGUCGGAUCCAUAGGCAUUUUCUAAGGCUUGAGAAAACCCGUCGGGCAGCAUUGAUUCGGGGGACAAUGUCAUCCUUACUCUGGUCAUUUGGCAGCAGCCUCGCCCCGAGGCAUUUCAAACUGUCUACUUCUUCAAGUUAACAGCUAUCAAUCCCGAGAAGUGCCUUCACUUGGUCAGGGAUGCAGCUUGAAAACACUUUAGUCUUCCCAGCGUUUAUGGAUAAACCGACCGAUUGACCGACCUCGUUCACCCGCGACACCAUAGACUGCAGAUCACCAAAACUUAAAGCAAGUAAGGCGAUAUCAUCGGCAUAGUCGAGAUCAGUCAGUCAGUCAUUAUACAUAGCUCUGUAGGAGACAAAGCCGAACAAACAAUCCGAGCGACUGUUGAGAACCCCUAAGGAACCUAGUGAGCAUGUUCAAAUCGAGUAUUAUGACUCGUGCUACGCCGUCCGCAGCAACCGAAGCGCGCCGCAGACAAAAAGUAGGCGAGCCGGACUAGUCAAUCGGUAACGGACUCUUAGUUUGGAAUGCUGUAAUGUGCAAACGUCCCCGCACCCUGGUACCCGGAGAUUGACGGCGCGCCCUCUCUAUCAGUACAAGGUGAAUGUCUGCUGCCUGUUUAAUAUCCGAAUCCCCGGACCAGGCGCUCAGAGAAUAAAGACCCCGGGGAUCUACUCCCAAUUUGCUCUUUAUCCCAGCGGUCCACGCGACUCCUAUUGUGGACACGCUGUGGCGAUCGCCCUCUCUCAACAAUCGACCUGUGCACUACCUGCAUUGGAACCACCGGAUAGCUUAUGUGCGACUGAGAAGUCACUUGACGAACAUCUCACUUGCCUCCGUGUACGUACCAAUGUCACCUGCUGACUAGCGCGAUAAAGACACCUAUUUUCAGCUGCGAGACUAGUUAAAAGAUCUCCCCGCCGUCAUCUGUUGAUUGUUGCCAGGGUCUGAAAUGGCCGGACUGGAUCCGGCAACUCUUUAAAAAAUCACCUUAUUGACUGGUUUGAUGCUUGGUUUCGAUGCGAAAGUGGAAGGCAGCUUUAAAAUGCAAAGUCUUCAGCUUCAAUAGCCUCUGCCGCAACUUGUUUGCUGAAGCUAAUGAUAAAGGCUCCUCUGACGUACAAGUCUUGUGUCAACACUCGUUCGCCCCGCUUCCAUGAGGUUAAUGAGCAAGUGCGUGGAGAUGAAAUCGUCCCUGAUUACUUGCUCUCGGGUAUCUUUGUGCCUAUCUUUAAGAAGGGAGAUAAGAUGAAUUGCGAGAACAACUGCGAAAUAGGCUUCAUCAACGUUGCUGCGAAGGUCUUCGUUGUUGUCCUUCUUCAGGAGAUUCCCGGCUGUGCGUGA